UUUAGUACUAGUCGCGCUAUACAGUCAGCGGAGACGCGAAACCUCUUAGUAUUCCGUUCACAAUCCAGAGAGAGAGGGAGGGAGGGGAAAGAGUGAAACGGAGAUAAAAACGAGGGUGAGAAGACGCUGAAAAAGAAUUACACUGAGAGGAUGAAAUAGGGAGAGGGAAGAGGGGAGAAAUAAAGGAUAUCCCUAUCGUUUUUUUUUCUGUAGCCCGGUCUAUCCCUUCAUCACCUUCUUCCAUCUCAGGUGCAGUAUUUUGGCUUCUUUUUUCCGGUAUUAGUGGUGGUGGGUGGGAUUUUCCUUUUCUAAGCGCGACGCAUCUGAAAAUUUUGGUUUGAUCAAGAAGAGGAGAGGUAUGAGGAAGAGGGGCUAAAGAGGGGUAACAUACAGAGGGAUUCGGAAGAGGAUUAGGACCAUUUGAAUGGCUAGAUCUCCUUUCCCUGAAAUAUAACAGCUAAAAGUAUACCUGAAGGAUAUUCGUGGAAGGACUUUCCAGGCAUCUCCAUGGAGAGUUAGAAGGCCUGCAGUUAUGACCUAAUCAUGGGAAACAACAUUUAGCAGCGUAUUCUCUCUUACGACAGAAGCACAGACAGCUAUUAAAAUGCAGACCUUGACUCACUGAGUCACACACUCAUGGGUGCAGACCUCUGACUGACUCAGCCAAAGUGGGCGGUGUCCCCACAGAGCCGCCUGAUUGGCCCAGCCUCUCCGAAGAGCCCCCUUCUCAACCCAUCUCAAACAGAGUGCCCGGAUUCUCUCGGUACAGGCACCCUUCUACUGGUCCGGCGGCGGAGUGCACCUGCAUUGCGAUAGGCCGAUUGAGGUGGGGAGUGAAAUGCUGAUUGGAGGAUGUCGGGGGACUGGGAUGAAGACCUGUGUAAGAAGGCCCUCGUGCUGGUGGAGGAGCUGUGCUUCCACUCGGGAGGCUACAGCCAGAGCGAGCGCUGCCAGGAUUUCAUCUACAUGUUUAGAGGCCGCAACAGGCAGAUCGACUCAGAGAUCUCUGUUAGCCUGCUCUCGGUCAUAGUGACAUUCUGUGGCAUCGUUCUGCUGUCUGUUUCCCUCUUCGUGUCCUGGAAGCUCUGCUGGUUGCCAUGGAGGGACAAGGAGGGAGGAGGCCUCAGCCUGACGUCUGGACUCCUGCCUGGUGGGGGAGGAGUCGGGGGGCUGGGCGGGACCGGGGGGUCCUCGCUCCUGCCGCCUCUGCUACAAAGGAAGGAGACGCACUCCUCCUCUUCCCUGUACCCCUCUCUCUCCCAGCCCAGUCAGCACCAUCCCCAUUUCUCAGAUAUGUUGGUGGUGGAGAGGGGAGAAGGGGGAGGAGCCGGGGGUGUGGUUGGGGGGCCGGAGAGAACCCCCAUCGGGGGAGUGGUGGGGGGUCCCCAGGAGACGCAGGAACACUCGUACCUGGACAUGGACUGUCACUCCAACUCUGCUGGGGGGGGGCUGAAGCUGAGCCAGACCUCUCCAGAGCUGCCCCCAGCGUCUGACUCUGGCCCUGUCUCCCAGCCGCACAGAGACCUCCCCAAUGCUCACUCCCAGCAGCAGGUCUCCGCACGGCCACGCCCCAUGACCCACCAGCUUUCCAGCCCCGAUUUCCACGGUGAUGAGAAGACCGAGCAGGUGACCAGCAUUGGCCAGAUCAAGCCGGAACUAUAUAGACCACGUCAGGGGGAGCAGGGGGAAGGGAAACAGGGUGACACCUGUGGCAAAAUCAGCUUCCUUUUGCGUUACGCCUUCAACACAGAACAGCUGGUUGUCAAGAUCCUGAAAGCCAUAGACCUCCCGGCAAAGGAUGCCAAUGGCUUCUCCGACCCCUAUGUCAAGAUCUACCUGCUGCCGGACAGGAAGAAGAAGUUUCAGACAAAGGUCCACAGAAAGACGCUGAACCCCGUUUUCAACGAGACGUUCCAGUUUGGGGUGCCUCUUGCGGAGCUUCACUCUCGGAAGCUCCACUUCUCCGUCUACGACUUUGAUCGCUUUUCCAGACACGACCUCAUAGGACAAGUGGUGGUGGAUAACCUUCUGGACUUCAGCGAGGGGACGGGGGAGAAGCCAGUGUGGAGGGACAUCGUGGAGGGGACAGCGGAGAAGGCAGACCUGGGAGAGUUGAAUUUCUCUCUCUGUUAUCUGCCUACGGCUGGCCGACUGACCGCCACUGUAAUCAAGGCCACUAAUCUGAAAGCCAUGGACCUCACUGGCUUCUCUGAUCCAUAUGUAAAAGCCUCACUGAUCUGCGAGGGCAGGAGGUUGAAGAAGCGGAAAACCUCCAUCAAGAAGAACACGCUGAACCCCACCUACAACGAGGCGCUGGUGUUCGACAUCCCCUACGAGAACAUCGACAGCGUGUCUCUGAUCAUCGCCGUCAUGGACUACGACUGCAUUGGUCACAAUGAGGUCAUAGGGAUGUGUCGCGUGGGCAGCGAUGCUGAGGGACCUGGCCGGGAGCACUGGACGGCCAUGUUGGCGAAUCCGCGCAAACCCAUUGAGCACUGGCACCAGCUGGUGGAGGAAAAGACCAUGAACACAUAUGUGUCGAAGAGUGCCACUGCUUCCUCCAAGCCCCACAUUGUUGUGGAUAGUCCUCACUCUGAAUAGAUCUGGAACAUCCUCCUUCCAACUCCAGACUUCCCCCUCCUCAUCAGGUUUAAUCUGUCCAUCAAAGAAGGAUGAAGGUGGAGAUAAGAAGUCUUCUCUUAAAUUUCAGUACCAGUACUGCUACUUCUGCUACUACAACUACUACUAACAACAAUAACAACUUCAGCUCAUUUUAAACUGUACAAAUAGGCACCCAGAAGAAUGCAUAUAAAUACAAUGGUGACACACAGAAUGUAGUGGUGAUACCUAAAGUAAACUAGUUUAGUAUGGACAGAGCACAGACCACACACACACACACACUCAUGCACACACACUAUCAGUUUGUCUGUAUAAGAUACAUUGACAGAGCAGACAGAGAGUACAGACAGUAGAGCAAAUACAAUAACCUUACAUAAAUAUUCAUAGAUACACACAGAUAAAUAAGAUGUUAAAUAUAUAUAUUUGUUUACUGAAAACAGUUACUUGGGUUCUGUGGUCCAGGAUGUUUGUGAUGGACAUCUUCAGACUGGUGUACAUUCAUUUAAACUCCAUUCAUCAGGGAGAAGUGUAUGAUGCUGAUUUCUCUGUUUGAAAUGAUAGGGUCAUGUAGUGGUUUGGUUUAUGUUAAGUUACUCCUGACAAGUGAGACCUUCUGAUUUUAUUUCUGCAUACUUUUCAACAAACCUGAACAGGACUUGUAAGAUGGUGUGAUUUGUUUUUGAAGAUGAUGGUACAUUUAUAAAGGACCUUAGGGAAUUUCCCCAUAGUUUUCAGGGUAGAUGCAUCACUGGCAGACUGUGCUACUAUUUUGGAUGUCUUGUGCCCCUACUUCGUGAAUCAAAGCUUUUCUUGGAUAUUUUUCUUUCCUGUGUAAACAAAGACAAAAAAUGGCCAUGUUCACUCUUGUCGGAGGAGGGAGAAAUGUGGAUGGACCCAAGCAUGUUGCGCAACCUUGAAAUAUGUCC